AGGUGAUCAGAAUUCCUGAUUUCUAGGUAUGGACGCCACCCUUGGCUUUGAAGUUGGUGCUGAAAUCGAACUCAAGGAGGGUGUUCUGGAGGGGCCGUCACCGUUGAAAGUGGAGAAUACGCAGAACCUGUCAGGUUGGCACGAUAUGCAUUUCCUGGACGAAUUGAGUAGCGAUGAUGAUUUGGAACAGAAGCCUGUUCUUAUCUCUGGUGGUGGAAGUGAAAACGUGAAGCCAUAUGAGUCUUCAUCCACUGAAGCUAUGAUCCAGAACAAUGAAAGAAGACCAGUAAACAGGGAGAUUGACAUGUUUUCAGUAUCUGGUGGUCUACCCAGUGGGUUACAUUUAUACAGAGCCCAAUUAGAUGGUCAACCUGGGCUCUGGAAUACCCCAUACAACAAUGUUCCUCGUAGACAGAUUGAGGCCUAUGUAUUCCAGAACUCAGCCUUGGACCAGGUGCCUUCAAACUUGUGCAGUGGCUUUCCAGAAACGAACUGGCCGCAGGACAUGAAGCACUUGUUUGCUCCGAAUUUCAGUUAUUACAAUGUCAACACCAAUUUUAGCGGCUGCGUAAAGCCCUCAAUGGGAAGUCACACGUGUUCGCGAUGUGGACGUCAUUUCCGACGCUUGUGCAACCUAGAGAAACACUUGUGUUUGAAGAGAGCCAUGGGCUUCCCUUCCAAAAAUGGGAAGACUCUUGUGCAAGUUACCCCUAGUGCUAAAAGCAAAAUGGAAGUCAGUGGGCAACAAAAGAGUCAUGAACCCAACAAUGAUAUCCCGGAACAAAUGCAUGUCCAGGCUAAGAAAGACUUUCAAGCAAUACAACAGUAUUACAUCGAUAGACCCCAACAGGUGUCUAACAUUCAGCCGGUAUACACCAUUUUAAAUAGUGAACCACCGCCAGUCACUCUACUGAGAACUCAGCAGUUCCAUGCUGUCUCUACGAAGUAUGAACCAUGGAGAAUAAGAAAACCAUGUAAACCACCCAACCCUCUCCGCUUCAAAUGUGACAAAUGCGAGCGUUUGUUUAGACGCAAGUACAACCUAGACAUACACAUUUGCUUUUAUAAGGACCCUAAAUUCUCUAUGCUAAAGACUCUAGGUGCCUCUUCUGACCCAGACAGAACAACUCAGCUGGCACGUUCCGUGGAACGAGGUCAAGAUGGAAAGCAAGCAGAAGGCUGUGUUUCGAUUAGGUUAGGCCAGCGAUCCUGCCCAAGAUUAAAACAAGGUACAAAUGCGCAUAAGAUGACGGCAAAAGGAACGUUGUCAAGUGGUAGUGAUGUUUCCACCAAAAUGCCAAUGUUAUAUACCCUUGGAAGAGAAAGUGCUGCGACAGGGGCAAUAGAAGAGACUAAGGAUCCUUCACAGAUGGAGAAAUCACAAAGUAGUCAUACUGAAGGAAAGAGCGAUGGAAGGAGGUUCCACUCUUGCGAAGAGUGUGGCCGUACAUUUCGUCUUACGGACGCGCUCAUCCGACAUCAAAAUGGUCACAAGAAGAAGAAGUUUUUCUUCAGAAGUAAGGAAGAAAAAAACGAUGAAGGCUCUAAGAAUAAAACCUUGUACCAUCUAGAUAUUGAGAGUUCAGUGAUGGCAAAGAAAGCUGAAGUCAAUGCCAAAGUAGAAGGACAGUUAGGUCAACAUACUUUACCUAAAGGUGAUUGGGAUGGUCAACUCUGUGAUACGAAGAGCAAGCUUUCCGUCCGUCUCCCAUUGUCCAUGUCACACGCGUUUUUGGAACACGUCUCCAGACGAUCGCAGCUGUCGAGUUGUUGUCGAGAUUGUGGUGCUUAUUUCACACGAUCCUGGCAGCUUAAACGGCACCAGCGCAAGAAGAGCGCGCACCAAGGUGGCACACUGAAAAAGUAUAAAUGCGACUGCGGUCGAAACCUCGUUGGACCUUUGCACUUCCUUCGCCAUCAGUUACAGCACUUAGGCGACACGGCAUUCAUAUGUUCUGUGUGCGGACGCACUCUUCGUGGUUACUGUCAGCUCCGCGCCCACAGCUGGCGCCAUCCACUUGUAUCACGUUUCAAGUGCAAAUGUGGAGCAGCGUUCACCCGGCUACCUCGAUACCUGUGGCAUUCAUUGGCGAACAGCAAAGCUAACAGAGCAAAAAGACUGGAAGCUUAAGCUUUUAGGUCCCUUGAUAGAUGUGUGUGUGUGAAAGAGUUAAAUCUGAGCACUAAAGAGCGAUUCCUUUCCAUUUUUAUCAUGGAACAGUAGAGGGCACCAUAUACAAGGGUUACACGAUGACACAACUGGAAAACUGUUCUCUGGACACAAAUUACCUUCUAGAAUGUUUCUGGAAUUGGAUGUGAGCUAUUGACGAAAAAACCCGGAAAAUCAUAAUAGCGUGUGUGGCCUUAAAACAAAAGCCCGAAGCCGGCGUUGUGAUGUGACUUGGUGCUCUUGUGGUACCGGACUUUCUGCAUGUACUGUACGGUCUGUUCUUUUUCUGUAGGAUGGACAUAUUUAAGCUACCGGUUAUCAUCAUCCAACACAACUGUAAAUGUAAUAAAGGAUCUGGUUACUAUUU